AGCCGCUGUGGCCCAAGGGCAGGGAGACGUGAUCAUUACUGCUGAAUCCGUGUGCCCGCCGGGGUCACUGGAGCCAUGGGCAACAACCCGAGCCAGCAGGCGCUGGACAGCCUGGCCGGACACGUGCGGUCUGGAGAUCUGCCCGCGGCCAUGGGUUUCUUGCAGCGCCUCUCGGAGGCUCGAACUGCACCUGCUGGCGCGAAGCGGAACAGAGAGUCCGAGGCCCUCAAGGCGCUAGACCUCAACGAGAUAGUGAGCUCCACGGGGUUCAACAUCCUGCAGUUGGCCGCCACCUCGGCAAACCCACAGGUGCUGCGCGCGCUGCUCGACCCUCAGAGCCACGGCCUGGACCUUCCCAAGGUCCAGAUCGACGCGAUGAACGGCGAGCGAAGAACUGCCCUCCACUGCGCCGCGGGGUGCCAGAGCCAGCGAAGCGCGGAGUGCGUCCAGGUCCUGCUCGAACACAGAGCAGACCCUUGCAUCGCCGCCCAAGACGGCACCACCCCUCUGGACGUGGCGCGUAGGGUUCGCAAUGUUGCAUGCGUCCGGACGUUGGAGUCCAGUAUGAAGUUGUGGGCGGGUUGGGUGGACCACGACGAGGUUCGAAUGUUGGCGCUGCCGAACUGGCAGCCGAUGUGGAUGGUGGUGUUGCAGGACCGCAGGGUAAACUCAGGGCGCUGGGCAGGAGCGGUGAACGUCACGUGCUUCAAUUGCCAGACAACGCUCAGGGCACCGGCUUACGCCUUCACGUUGACGUGUUCGCGCUGCAUGGUGGAGGUUGCGGUGACACCGUCGCUGCAGAUCGCGCUGUACGAGGCCCCUUUGGCAGCCAGCGGGGCAACGCACACGCUGCCAGAUGCAGCGAUGCCUACCGUGGUCAUCUACCUGCCCAUGGAUCCGACGCAGCUGAUAGCCAAGCCACUGGAAGAGGCCGGCAUCAAGAGUUUCGUGGGUUCCCUGUUCGAGGGCAGGGUCCGCCGGGCCCUGCAGAGCACCUCGGUGACCACGAGGUCUUUUGGCUUCACGAUGAAGAUCCUGGACCGAGGGGCCCUCCGCGAGGAGCGCAGCUUCCGGGUGGAGACCGAGGCGGACCGCGUGCAGCUGCUGCGGGUGCUGCAGAACACCGCGCAGGCCUCCUACGAGGCCUCGCGGAGCGUCGUGGCGCUGGCCCCCGCGGCGGCGGCCCUCGGCGCCCCCCUCGCCGAGCAGGCCGUGGCGGGGCCGCCGCCGGGCGCCGCCGCCGGGCCCUGGGCCUGCGGGCAGUGCACCUACGAGCACGCCGGCCCGGAGGCGCGGCUGCCGGCCUGCGCCGUGUGCGGCGCGCCGCGCGGGCCGCUGGGCGGCCCGCCGGCGCACGGCGCCCCGCCGGGGCCGCCGGAGCCCUCCGCUCCGCCGCUGGAGCCGGAGGAGCUGGCGCGGGUGGCGCCGCCGCUGCCGGCGGCGGGCCAGGCCGGCGCGGCGGCGGCGGCUCCGGAGGCGGGCAACGCCGUCAGCGACGACAGGCUGUGCAUCAUCUGCAUGGAGCGCCGGGCCGACUCCGCCGUCGUCCCCUGCGGGCACAUGUGCUGCUGCGAGCAGUGCCUGCAGGGCAUCCGGGGCACGGAGGGCGCCGAGUGCCCGAUGUGCAGGGGCCCGAUGACCUCCACGAUGCGCAUCUACUGCCCCUGAGUGCUUCGCAGGCGUGCGCGCGGCGCCUGCUCCCCCCCCCCAGUCCUCCUGCCAC